UUUCGUCGAACAACUAACUCAUUGAAUACGCGCGGUUAGUUUUCCGUCCUCCGUAAGAAUACGCGCCGUUUGUGCUGCGCACGAGCUCACCACCGCCGAUAACAGUCCACCGACCAGCACAAUGUGCGAAGAGAGAGUUUUGCGGUAGACCCAGUACGAAUCGUGCGUGCGUGCGUGAAAGACGGCCGGCGAAGACCGCGUGCGAGUGAAUGGCAACUUCAAAUUUGCAUUCGAAUCGGUGGCGCUACAAGUGGUGCUGCUAAUUUUAGGGGCCAAGAUUUUUUUUUCUUUUCGGAUGCAUGUGUCGCUCAAGUGUGAGAAGUGAUAUUGUUAACGAAGCGAUCGAGUGUUGCGGCCAUCAUUUCACGCAUAAUCGGUAUAGCAAAAUAUUUUGCAUUUUGUGAUUCGAAGGAAAAUUCUCUAGGGUGGAAAAUGUGAACGAAUCGACAUCGACGAAGAAAGUGUCGUGCAUGAAAAAAUCAACGGAUCUCGCGCCAGUUGCAUUGUCUGUGAGGAUUAUUUUUACAGCGCUCCCGGUCUGUCCCAUAAAUUACAGGGGAAAGUUAUCUGUAUUUUCAUCAAUUUCCCACCGGCAUGUGAUGUGCGACGUUCUGUGUGAAAAUUUCUGAGGUGCAUUUCAAUCGAAAACAGCAAAAUGUUAACGGCGUUCCUCGACUCUACAUAAUGUUAACUGAAGUGUAUAACGUUUAAUCGCUAAGCUUGCUAGAAAUGACAUUGUUCCGUAGAACAGGGUAACAUUGGUCCGCAGAUUAAUUGCAGAUCGCAGCAGUAACACGAAUAAUGCAAACAAAAAUGUGACUUUCAAUCCCACGAACCGACGGAUGAUGUGAUAUGAGAUAAGUUUGAGUGUUUAAAAAUAAGUAGCAAUCUUCGACGACAACCACCACCAUCGUUUUAGCUAGUGAAUGCGAGCGUCCGAAAGUGUGAAUACCUACAUUGUGUGCAUGCAACGUAUAGCUAGGUGCAUCUAUUUAGAAAAUAAAGAGCCAAAAAGUGUGUGAUAAAAGUGGGUCACGUCUAAGGAAAAUCCUCGCGCACUCCGUUCGAAACGCAACAAGGUGAAAAUCGUUUACACGCCGCGAAGAUAAAAGUAAAACCCCCCGCUUCUGCUGCUUGGAAGGUGUUCAAACCGGCUGUCAGUCAACGCCGUCGCCGCCAAUUUGCCAAACCUACAUCGGACGUCGGAAGCGAGCGUUGCCGCCGAAUCGAAAAUGUCCACCUCGUCGAUCGGCCGCGAGGAGGAGCGAAAACCGCUCAUGGAGGAAUUCUACCGGCAGCGGCGAAUACUGCUCGGGUGCACUCUGCUGAUCGGUCUCGCUGUGAUAGUGUGGAUCGUUGCCAUCUCCACCGAUCAUUGGUUCAUCGUAACAGGUGGUCAAGGCAUUUUCAUACCGGAAACCAGGCGGUAUUUCAAAUCAUCACAUUCAGGGCUGUGGAAAAUAUGUCGAUACGGAGUGACGCCGACGAUUCUGGCCCACUCCAAUGCCACCCGCAAUUUCACCACCCUCUCCUACAUCAACGAGAACCGUAUCGACAACAUGAAAAAGACACUCUCCAAGGAGGACUACAUUAAAGACUUCAUCACCGAGGAUCUGCGGUUGGACAACCUGACCGAAAUCGACGACAACUUCCGGCGGCACCUGUUCGCCUACUGGAUCAAAGACGACAUGGAAAACUUCAACGCGCUCAAGAGCGUGUACCACGAAAUGACUUCGCGCCACAGCCAGCAGGAAAGCGUUUCCGCCCAAAAGUUGAAAAAUCCGCCCCUGAUGAUGCUAGAUCCGACGGACGUUAGCUCGCUCAAGGAAACGGUUGGCGUGUCAGGUGCGCUAACGACGGUCACGAUAAACUCGACGGAAAUUAACGUCCUGGUGCCGCAAACGUUACGGGAUGCCCUGUUCGACGAAUGGGAACACAAAGCGGGGGUGAUAUAUCUGCUGUGGAGCUUCUCGAAGGCGAUGGACAUCCAACCGUUCAUUACCAGCCCGGACGGCACCAAGUACAUCAUUAGGCCACCGUUGCCACCGAAAAAGGGACGCAUCGGAAAUGGAUACGAGUACGUUCCGUUCAAGAAAUGUAAACUUCAUGAUCUCUUUCCCACCGAGGAAACCAUCCGGCAGGAUCCGUCGAUAGACGACGAAAUUCUAGAAAGUGGAGAUUUUUUCUACGAACCCGAGUUUGAUUCCGAAGACUACAGCCGUACGGAAGCGUCGUUCGCCUGCAUCACGCUGUUCAUCAUGGUGAUGGGAUUCGUCUUCUCCGUUUACACCUUCCUGAACCCGCGGUACAUGUUCAAGCGAUUAGCAGGUGGCAUCCACUUCAUUUCGGCGGCUACAAGCAUCGUGGUCAUUCAGGUCCUCAUAGCGUCCGUUGAGUACGAAAAGGAAAACAUAACCUAUACCUUCCCGAAAGGUGCCAAAUCUAGCUAUGGAUACGGAUUCUUUCUGGCGUGGUCGGUGUUCCUGUCCAAUCUCUACGCCGGACUGGCCUUCAUGUGGUACUCCAAGAAAAAGAAGGGCAACAAAGCUGCCACCGAGGAACUCGGUAUGGCCGACGAGCCCAUCAACAUCGGACGAUAAGUGAGCUAUUGUUGCUCAGUUUACCCUCGAAUGCCAAAGUUAGAACCGAAAACAAUAAAUAGGUACUAAAACAUACACAAGCACACAACUUUCGAAUCAAAUUGUUGCAAUUUACCUUAAGAAUUGACAGCGUUUCACGUGAAAAAUGACCAAACAAAACUUUACAAUUUGUGGUACUUAGACAAACGCUGCGCUUUACUUCACUCAUCAAAUUUUUCGCAUUCUAAAUUUAUCAAUAAAUUUCAAAUUACAAUUGUAUCGUUUCCAAUAAUUCACGUUAAGCAAGUGCAAAGACAUACAAAAAAAAUGUAAAUAUGUUUUUUUUUUAAUUCUCUGUGUAGGUUAAGCGACGAUUAAUGAAGAAUCGUUCAAAAUGUUGCAAUUUUCCGUUUGCUAGUAAUACAACACACACAUAUUUAAACAAACACGUUUUCAGAUUAAUAAUAACAGCCAAUACUCAGUCCCAAUCGACCGUCGAACAAAAUAAACAAGACAUUUUUGUAAUGACACGCGUUUACCUACUUCAUUGCGAAUAUCUCUGUAUCAAUAACUCUACGAUUUGUUAUCUCUUUUUAUUUUUUAACUGUUACUCGAAAUAAACAUUAUUCUACGAAU